AUGAACUUGACGAACUUGAGGCAAAUUUUGUUGAUCGGUCUUGUCAAUUUGGAAUCAUUUGUCAUCACUUCAGCGUAUCUGAAGUUCAUCAGAGCACUGAGGAGAUUCGUAAGCAGAAGGGGAACGCCAAGGAAAGAGCCCCCGUGGUGGGGAGGGUUCUAUGAAAGACUUGUAGGACUGACCAAGCGCUUCUUAAAGAAAACUAUCGGCAAAGCAUGUCUUGGAUUCGUCGAGCUAAACACUGUCUUAACAGAAGUUGAGGCUGUGCCGAACAGUCGACCGCUCACAUAUACAUACUCAGACAUCGAAGAUGGUCCUCCUCUUACCCCCUCCCACUUCUUGUGCGGUCAUCGUUUAUUGACAAUACCAACCACACACCCACUAGACGAGGACUCAGACCCAGACUUCCUAUCGGAUCACAGCACGAAGUCAGAUCUGUCAAAGAGGAUGAAAUACUACGAAAGACUGAUGGGUCAAUUUUGGCAGCAAUGGAAAAAAGAAUACCUAAGUGGACUUAGGGAGUUCCACCGCCACAACAAAUCGGAACUUCAACAGUCAAGCAUUGUGCAGGGUGACGUUGUCCUUAUCCAUGACGACACGUCAAGGACUCGCUGGAAGCUAGCUGUUGUGACCGAACUUAUACCUGGACGUGUUGGACGAGUAAGGUCCGGCCAUUUAAGAACAGCCAACGGAAAAAUAUUGGUCCGUCACGUCGAGAAGCUCUACCCAUUGGAGAUUCGAGAGAAGCCCGAAUAUAAAGCUAACUCGGAGAACAUGGAGCAGUCUGAUAACAACCUGAGACCACCGCAACGAAAAGCUGCAAAGGAGGCUUGCGAAAAACUUAAAGAACGUUUAAAGGACUCAUAA